AUGCAGACGGAAUAUUCGGCUGACGAUAUCGAGGCAGCGACGAGUUUGCAGUUCUUCGCGUGGAGAUUCCUGCUUGUCUCGCACUGGAACACGAUGAAAGGCCUUUAUAUCGUUACGCGAUAUCUCCCCUUUCUCCUCCUCGCCACAAAUCUAUAUUUGAGUUUUAUCCCAAAUGAAACCCCAGGUAAAUGCCGGGUAUUGGAUAAUAUUUGCUUAGGUUUCGGCAUACUAUCAGUCAUUUGCUCCGAGGGUAUUUCCUUCCUCCCUAAGAUGAUAUUUCGCCCUCAGAACAUAAUCUUACUCGCAGCAGUGCUUUCCACCUAUCUCCUAGUGGUAGAUGCAUCAGCUAGACUUUUGCCGGAGCAUCCGUCAGCAUUGCCUUCACCACCACUGCUCCCGCAGCAUAUGCGACUAGCGCGAUCCCGGGCAUCACAGGGUGCUACCAGAGUUCGACCAGUUUCCGACUCUUCAUACCGUUUAUUCUACUUUCCGUAUUCGAAUUGGAACUGGCGGACAAACCAAGGCCCUCUGUACGUUGUCCUGGUGAAACAUAACAUAUUUUAUUAUACAUGUGGUUUUUUGUUCUCAGUAGCGAACAUAUUCACAUCACUGCUCCUCCAUUACUCCUACCAUGCUAUAUUGGAUGAUUUCCAGUUCGUGAUCCUCGCGACUCUCGCCACGCGCAUGCACCGCCGUCUUUGGCAGAUGAAGCCACAGACAUACAGCUCUGACGCCCUCAUGCCAAUUCCUAUGUCCGAAAUGUCACCUGUUGAGCAUACGGCGUGA